AUGAGCCGCAGCUGUGCACGCGUCAGUGCGCGCUCCCUGCAGCCUGAGAAGAGAGAGAAGAUGGUAAAUAAACUUAUUGAUCCGAUUAUUUUUGUUUUAUUAUCAAAUAUUGGUUUUAAAUGUGAUGUGAAGUCAGCUGAUUAUCUCGAGUUAGUAAAAACACGUGACCAGUGAUGACGUUUUAUUGACCAGGUGACCGGUGAGAUCAACUUCAUUAACCCUAAUGUUGUUAAAUUAUUAAUAAUCAUAAAAACCGUCUGAUAUAAUAUCAGACCGAUUGUUUAUCGGUUAUUUUCAAUAAAACAAUCGGUCUGAUAGUCCGCGGAUCUGUUUGUCUGUUUAAACUUUUGAAGUUAAUUCACCAUCAGGUCAGUUUUCCCUUCUGUUUGAGUUACAGAGCGGCGAACAGCGCCCCCUGCUGUCUGAGCAGGAGGACUACAAACACACAGAGAGCAGAUAUAUAAGACUUCUCAAGCUGCUCAGACAGGAAACUGAUAUUAUCGAUAAAGAAAAAAAACCAAUCUCUCUUUUUCUGAUUGAUUUCAAUUGAUUUUUUAUUGAUCACAUCGGUAUUAUUUUUAUUAUUUACACUGAUGUCACUCUGUGUGUGUGUGUGUGUGUGUGUGUGUGUGUGUGUGUGUGUGUGUGUGUGUGUGUGUAGUUUGAGUUAAGGAUCCAAGAGUGUCUCCUCCGCGGUGACUCCUCCGCUCUGGGCUCGGUUCUGCUUGAUGAAGGUCUCAGCAGCUUCACCCUCACCAAACUGGACCACUUCGUUACCACGGUAACCACAGACGUUGUUGUGUUUACGAUGUUUCCAAAAUUAAAGGUUCUGCUAUCGUUGAUGAACGGGCUUUUAUUUUGAAAGGGUGUGACCUGUCAGUGUGCACAGGUCUAGACCGGAUGUCUUGUUACCAUGACGACAGACUGGCCUGACUGGGUCACAGGAUGUCUCUGUCUGUGUUUCAGAAUCUAAGUGGGUCGGGUCUCAGCAGGGUCCAGGUCGUGUUGAGGUCUUUAGAGGCUCUAUCAGCGAGAAGUGACGUCCUGCAGACGCUCAUCCAACUGGGACUGACAGCCAAGGUCAGAACCAGAACCAGAACCAGAACCAGAGGAAGUUCCUCACGUCCUCAGACGACCUGUGAACUUGUGAUCUGUCCCUCAGGUGUUGUUGUGGUUUGAAGCGCUCUACAACCUCCUGAUCUCUGACCUCCAGAUAAGCUCCGCCCCGCUGCUGAACAUCACUGAAGAGUUCUACAACAUCAUCUUGGUGAGGAGCAUGCUGGGAGAUGAAGUUUCAGCACCAUAUCGGUUAAAUGACAGAAAUGUUGCAGAGAUGUACUCACUCAUACGACAUGAGGCUGCCACAUGUAGGGGGCGCUGAAUUGGCGUGUUGGCUGUGCACGCAAAUGAUCAAGGGGAACAGUAGGGGGCAGUAUAGAGGCAGGAAGUCUUAAAGAGAAGCUGAUGGUCCAGUGGCUCCUCAGGCCGCCUCCAUACCUGGGAUCACCCUGACCCGUCGAAAUACGAUCCUCCUGAAACACGGAGUGUUUUAUUUUGAAAAGAAGCCGGAUGUUUUAUUUUGUGUCUGUGCCCGACUUCCUCUCCAGCACGGGUUAAUCUGUGCUGAAUUUAUCCGCCAUGCUCCAGCGUCCGGAAAAAAUAGAACUCUUGUGAUCAGCUGAGGAGUCCGGCGAUCCUCAGAGGAACGGAAAGAAGUCGGUGUAAAUUGACACGUUAAAUUGAAUGGUUACGAUCAGCUACGAUCGGAGGAUACGACCUUUUAGGAGACGAUCAGGAUGAAGGUGGAGAUUGAGGGUUAGACAGACACGGACGUUUUUACCACAGUGUCAACAGGCAGAGAGGACGCUGAUCCUUUCAGGGACUGAUUUUAUAUCAGAGGCUGUCCUCGGUUCAGAAUCAUGCUUUUACUGCCAAUGACUGCCUGCACCUUUACUAACGUCUGUCUGUCUGUGUGUGUGUCUGUCUGUGUGUCUGUCUGUGUGUGUGUCUGUCUGUGUGUGUGUCUGUCUGUCCGUCUGUCUUCCAGCUGCUGGGUCAAGCUUCUCUUCCUGGUAUGUUUGUUUUCUUUUCUUCUUUUGAUCAGAAACACAUAUCAGACUUUAAUCAGCUUGUCUGUCCCUCCACCUGUGUCUCCGUCUGUCUCUCCGUCCGUCCAUCUGUCCGUCCGUCUCUCAGUCUCUCAGCUCUCCGUGGUCUUUCUUCAGUUGGCUCGAUACGCUCUGGAAACUAAGAUCCACUUCCCACUGAGACUGGAGGUAACCCGAACCGAGUAUCUGACCGCUCUGUCGUGGUCUGGGCCGAUCUGUUGACUCUGGUUGGUUCUGAUCCAUCUGUUCUCGUUUGUACCACUCAGUUUUGCUCCCCUGUUCUGGUCUUUUUGUUCUGUUUUAUUGGACCUGGUCCUUAACAGAAUUUUCUGGUCCAUCUUUCUGGUGUUUUCGGUCUUAUGUGGUCUGAUCAGCUGAUAAGGUCUAGUCUUCUCUUGGUUUCUCUUGGUCUUUUCUGGUCCACUCUGGUCUUUGAAAAGGUGAUUCUGGUCUACAGUUUUUCAUGGACUUGUCUGUCUCUUGUCUUCUGGUUAGUCCCAGUCUGUUCUGGUCCAGUCUGUUCUGGUCCAGUCUGUUCUGGUCCAGUCUGUUCUGGUUUAGUUUGGUCCUCUUUGGUCUGUUCUGAUAGAAUCUAGUCUGCUCUGGUCUCUGAUGCCUGGUCUGUUUAGGUCUUUUUUGGUCUCUUGUGGUCCAGUCUGGUCCAGUCCGGUCUUGUCUGGUCUGGUCUGGUCCGGUCUGGUCCGGUCCGGUCUUGACGUCUCGUCUCUGAAAGUGUGUUUUUGUUUGUUUGUAGGCGAUCAGAACCUUCAACAGCGUUUUAGAGUCUCUGAGCCGAGAGCAGAGGAAGCUGAUCCAGAACGAGCCGAACCUCAAACAGAUACUGUAACACACACACACACACACACACACACACACACACACACACACACACACACACACACAGAAUGCAUUUAUCAAAUACACACUCAAUACAUACUAAACACACAACCUAACCACACACCAAACACACUAAUCGUUAGGAAGAUUAAAUUAGUUUUUAAAACCCUUUUAUCAUCUGAUUACUCUGUGUGUGUGUGUGUGUGUGUGUGUGUGUGUGUGUGUGUGUGUGUGUGUGUGUGUGUGUGUGUGUGUGUCAGGUCUGAGAUGGCGGCGUUAGUCCUCACAGCUGGAGGUGAGUGUGUUGUGUAUCAGGUAAACAGUCGCUCGCUGUUUUAAAGGUAAAGAGUCGUGUCGUCGGCGUAGCGGCGAAACUUCAAUGUCUUCUGUUUCCUGUUUAGACUACGAGCUGCAGGUCAGCCUGACGGAGGCUCUGUGUCGUCUGACGCCCCGGAGGAUCCGACAGCCGAGAGCCAAUCAGUGGUUUGCUCGUGACAUCAGUGACGCCUUCUGUACCAUCACAGAUGCAGACUUCGAAGUCGUAAGAGACUCGCCCGUGUGGUUGGACGCCGCUCUGUUUGAACGCCCCUCUCUCUGACCUCUCUCUCUCUCUCUCUCUCUGACCUCUCUCUCUCUCUCUCUCUCUUUUUAAAGGACUGUCGGCGCUUCCUGAACUUUGUCAACCGUCACCAUGGAAACCAAAAGAGGUGAUGCUUCAAAAUCAAACCUGAUUAAUUAACAGUAAAUCUGAUGGAUGAUUUCUUCUCCCUGAACUCUGUCUGACAGGAUCUACACCUUCCCCUGUCUGCGGGCGUACCUGAACUCCACUGAGGUAAACGUCGAACCUUUUAUCGUUUACAGAUCGCUCACAGGUGAACUGACGUUUGGUUCCUCCGCAGAUCUUUCGCCCUCAAGACGAGAAAAUGGACGAGUUCUGGAUCGAUUUUAACUCGGGCUCAGAAUGUGUGAGCUUCUUCACCGAUGACCCUCAGGUCUGUGAGCGGUGCUGACAACACACCUGGUGACACCUGGGCUGUUCUGAACUAUGUGUGUGUGUGUGUGUGUGUGUGUGUGUGUGUGUGUGUGUGUGUGUGUAUCAGGGGUUCCUGUGGGGUACCAUCCACCUGUUUAAGAAGGACGUGGAUCACUACAGAGUUCAGCUCAAACCUGACGGUCAGAUCUCUCAUCUCUGUCUCCUCUUAGUUCUGAUCAUAGACUGUAAAUAUGACGGACAGCUUGGCUCCGCCUUUCGCCAGUUUACGGAUAUGAAGCUGAAAAGUUCUCAGUAUUUCCGCGUUUUUUUCUCCACUUCCUGUAACCAACUUUGCGCAGUAGCGUUGUACGUAUUCAGCGGGAGAGUCGCCGAGAGUCGUCCGUUCUAUAUACAGUCUCUGGUUCUGACGUUAGUUUCCUCGUUAACGAACAUUUUAUCGUUUUCAUCACUGCAGUCAAAAUAAUUGUUUUACCCAGAAUGCACUGGGGGAGAGAUAAUCCUCAGCGUCCAUCUGAAAGAUCCCAUCAUGCAUCAGAACAACCCGUUUAAAACGGUGAAGCUGAGCUUCAACAGCGAACUCUACCAACAGCUGGAGGAGGCCGCAUACAGAGUCUUUAAGGUACCUGUAUUAUUGAUGGAUAAUCAGCUGUUAUUGAUCUCUGAUAUUAGUGGGCGGAGUCUGUGUGAUCGUCUGAAACGUCUUUUUCUCUCAGAAACAUCAGAGCUCCUCCCCCCACGCCUCAGACUCAGGUGGUUCAGUCCAGGUGUCCUCCCCUGCAAACAGACAGAGUGGAAGAUCCUACAGCAGGAAGAAACCGUCCAAUAAGAGCCAGCUGAGAGGUGAGAGGGUCACAAGGGCGACAAUAACAGGUGUUACGACAGGUAAACACUAAACUAACUCACCUGUCUAUGAAAGUAACUCACCUGUUCCAUCUGAACUCACCUGUCCACUAAGAAGAAACAUAUGACAUGGAAUAAAUGAGUCUGGUAUGAGUAGAGCUCCCUCUGCUGGGCUGUUGUGGUUAAAACAGUCACUGCAGCCUGUGAAGAAACGAUGAUUGAUUUAUUCUGACAGGUUUUUAAUUGAUACAUUUUCUCACAUUUAAACACAAACUGUUCAAAUUCAUUAAUAAAGACAGUGAAGUCUGUCUGUCUGUCCGUCUGUCUCUCUGUCUGUCUGUCCAGUCCUGCCUCUGUCCUCUCCUGGCAGCGAAGAAGACUCACGAAUGAGGGUAACUACUCUGUACUGUAAAAACUGCACCAUGUAAAUUGCGCUGUAAAAACUGAUGUUUUUUGUAUUUGUCUGUUUUUGGAGUGUAGUUGUGUUGUUGUGCUGUUGUGUUGUUGUGUUGGGUCCUAUAUCUGUUGUGUUGUUGUGUUGUUGUGAGGUUGUGUUGUUGUGUUGAGUCCUAUAUCUGUUGUGUUUCGUUGUUUUAUCGUGUUUUUGUCGUCGUCAGACUCCGGUGAAGAGCUCUGCAGAGUUCCUGUUUGAUCAGAUCAGACAUUCGACCCCGACUUACAGCUCAGGUGAUCACCAAAGAUCAGUCACACACAGAGCUCUUCACCAGCGCCACCUGCAGCUCACUCUGUAACAAUAAACCCCAUAAAACCUUUGAUGAAGCACCUGGAAUCACCUGUCUGUCUCUCAGGUGUUCCUGUGGGGGUGGAGCUUCAGGUCUACCAGAAAGAAUCAGAAGAGUUUGGAGACAGUAGCCCUCCUAUCAGAAAGGUGUGUUUCUGAAAUUUUGUCCCUAAACAGACAAAAACUCUUUUUUUUCUGAUUUUUGUUUGUUUCUGGAACAGGAAGUCGUAAAGUCCGACAGGAAGAGAGCUGCGGCGGACUCAGGUGUCACUCUACGAUGUUUAACAGAUUUACUUUCUUAUUUUCACAUUUCAUCAUGUCUGACUUUGUGUUUCUGUGAUGAAGGCUAUCUAUCGGAACAAACUGAGGGGGCGUCAUUCCAUAAGAAGUGGGCGGAGCCUCAGACAGAAGGGGAGGAGUUUAUCCCAUCACCGAUACGUACGUCACCUUUAAUCCUUUUCUUUGUGAUUCCCUGUCAUCAUGAUUAAACAGCUUUCCUUCUUCUUCACCUGUCUCAGAGUUAUCACCUGAGGAGGCGGAGUCUGCAGCCGAAGAGGCGGAGCAGUUUGAGGAACCUAUCAAUCCGAGUGGGAAAAGAGAGGAUCCUGUGAAGGAGUUAGGGGCGGAGCCAAAAUCAGACCUUACAUCUGGCAUUACAGCUGCUUUCAACACCUUCAAGACAAACGUGGAGCAACAAUUCACAGUCAGUCCUCACCUGUCCCACACUCACCUGUCCCACACUCACCUGUCCCACACUCACCUGUUCAAAACUCAGAAAUAAGUCGUUAUUGGCAUUGCUUAAUUGAUCAAUAAUCGAGAAGUUGACAAACGUUUCCUCUCAUGGUCACAGAGCUCGCUGCAGAACGUUGAAGCUCAAGUUCUUUUUUCCUUGAAACAAUGUCAACAACACUUCUCCGACCUGCUGACAGCUGUCCAUCAACACAGGUACCACCCACCUGCCAAUCAACACAGGCACCUCCCACCUGUCCAUUCACAUAGGUACUGUUUAGGGCUGGGCGACAUGGGAAAAAGUUUAUCACAAUGUAUUUUCUUUUCCUAUCAGCUGAUAUCGAUCAAUAUCAGGAUAUAAAAAUCUAACAGUGUUUAUUGGUCUCAUGUCUUUUCAAUAAUCUCCUGCAUCUGUGAGGUCUUUGUGUCUCUUUGGCGUUUUGUCGUAAGGCGUCGCUCUAGAGGAAGCCGACUGAAUGGUCGUCUGUUUCAGGCGCCAUGGUCUCCGCUCUCCUCUCAGGGUUUGUAACCUUUUGCGUUGCGCGUGCUCUGCGGCGUGGGAUGUGGGUGUUCAUAUACACUGAUCGCCGGAUCUCAUUCUAUGUUUCACGGGAAACACGCGAGAUCUCAUGAGAUCUUAUCCAGUCUGGAGAGAAAUAUCUGUAAUCUUGCAAGCGCUUCUCUUCCGAUGGCGGGGCGGAUCGAUUCUGAUGGGCGCUGUGUGCUUGCGUAUUUGAUCCGCCUGCCGGUCCGGAGCGGAGCAGUGGGAUUCUCAGGUAAUUCAGCACAUGAUUGGUUUAGCGUGAAGCGGACCUGGAGGAACUCCCCCUUUCAUUGGCUAUUCGUCAAGUCUACCAAAACAUGGCAGAAUUAUCGAAAUUAUCGAAAAGCAAAUUGAUCCUGUUUAUAUUGAUAUUGAGGGAAAUUAACUUUUGAUCUAUACUGUUAUCGUUUUAUCGCCCAGCCCUAGUCCUGUUCCAACAUACCUGUGGUUUUAGGACAGUGUGUGUGUGUGCGUGUGUGUGUGUGUGUGUGUGUGUGUGUGUGUGUGUGUGUGUGUGUGUGUGUGUGUAGGUUGCUGUUGCUGCAGAGGUUCGAGGUCGGUGUUCACGAUCAGCUGAAGGUUCUUCAGGAGAGCUCAGACAGCCUCAGCUCCACCGACACUCAGAUCCUGGUAACUCCUUCAAAAUCCUGAUUUAUGAUCCUGGUCUUUCAGCUCAGACCUGAUCCAGGACUCUGACCGGCCCCUCUGUGUCUUUCAGAGUUUCUUCCAGUCAGAGAUGCAGAGACUUAGCUCCUUCUGCGACUCUCACCUGCACAGGUGAGUCUGAUCUGGAUUAGAUCUGUUCACACAUACAGGAUCCAGAGUGGAUCUGGUUUAGACUCACUCAGACCUCUUGGAUCUGGUUUCUGUCUCCUCAGGUUAAAGUCUUUGGACAAUGAGGGGUCGAGCGUGGACGUUCAAUCUGACCAAUGA